AUGUGGGAUGCCAUUGUCGUCACUUGCUCCGACCAUAAGUUUGCCAAAGUUUUUGAGACAGAAUUGAACUUGAGAAAAUCAUUGGGAUUUAUUCCUAGAGAAACUAUACUAUUAGCAGUCGAUGACCCUAAACUAAAAAUAGGCAGUGGUGGGGCCACUCUGAAUGCCCUUCUUGUAUUAGCUGAACAUUUGUCCGCAAUUUCUGGUUACUUGGUUCUGAAUGCAGACGUGUUAUAUGAUAAGAAAAUACUUCUAAUACAUUCCGUGAGUAAAGGUCGACCUUUAAUUUAUGAGCCCUGUGGUCCCCUGAUGAUAAGCAUGCCCCUUCCAACUGACCAAUCACAUUGCUUCUAUUUAAAACAUCUUGAUUAUGUCAUACAGCUGAUGACAAAUAAAGUGGCCGUAAACUCGCCGCCUGGUGUUUGGAUCUGCAGUUCGGACAUGUUUCUCACUAUCGAUGAUUGUCUUGAUGGGGCCAGGCUGGCAGACGUUGAUGCCUGUCUGUUGAUGACUCCUGCCGACUUGAACUACUCUAAGGAACAUGGCGUGUGUCUGUGGGAUGCAGAGACCCGCCACCUGUUGAACAUCUUCUACAAGUGUCGGGACGCUGAAACUAUUGAGAAAUGCAAAUUGAACGCCGACCAAGUGGCACUGCUCUCGUUAUUCUUCGACUUCCUCCUCGCCAUGUGCCCCAACUACGGAGAAUCAGAUUUUAUAAACGGCGGAAUUUUUGGCGGGAGAAAUGAUGAUGAUGAUGGUGAUAAAGAUGGUGGGGAAGAUGAUGGCGGUGGUGAAGAUGGUGGUGAUGAAUUUAGUGACAACAAAGAUCGUAAAUGUAAGAAAAUGGUGAAGAACGAUGAUGGGAGAUGUGAGAAAACUUCAGAAAAUGUGGCGAUGAGUGGCGGGAAAAAAAUUGGCGGGAGAAGAAAUGGCGGGAAAACUCGUAAUAAAGUGACGUCGUCCGAUUACAUUCCAAUUGUUAGGAGGCUUGUCUACAAGCAUCUGAGCAGAUUCAAGUGUAGUACCGCGCUACCAAGAGCUGUGAUUGGUCGGGAAUCUGUCCUAAUUAACUGCGCCCUCAUUGGUCCGGUUGAAGUCGGCUCUAACUGCCUUAUUUAUGAUUGUUGGUUAGAUGGCGAGAAGAUUAAAAUCGGAAAUGGGUGCUUCCUGAACGGCAUUCACGUGACUUUGAAGAAGGAUGAUAGUGAUGAUCGGGAAUUCCACAUGAAUGACAACACGUCCAUCAUAAAAAUCUACGAAACUCUGAAAGCAUAUAAACGUCAUGAUGACGACGACGAAGAUGAUGAUGAUGACGACGAUGAUGGUGGUGGUAGUGAUAAUGAUCUUUCCUCUGCUGUUACUACUACUACUACUACUACUGAGGCUACUACUGCUGCUGCUACUGCUGCUGCUACUGCUGCUGUUAAAACUGUCGUUAAUAAUAGGCCAAUGCACUUACUGCACGAACACUUGCAAGCUGUUGAUGCAGCUGAAAUGAUGAAGAAGAAAAAACUGACGUAUUAUAGAAUAUGCGCCGAGCUAAUUGGCAGCCACCUGUUGAACAACCGACCAAUCAAACUGCGGGGCUGGUUUAGAAUGGCCUGCCUCCAGGGCAGAGAACCAUUUCUAUUGGACGUCUUAGAUAAAAUCGCCAUUAAAAAUAGCAACGACAGUGGUUUGUGCGCGCGUGUUUUGGCGAGUGUCGCCAAUCUUUUAGCCGAAAUGUGCUCGAAGCAAAGUUGCUGCUGUGGUGGUGGUGGUUGUGGUGUUGGCUGUUGUGGUGGGGGAGGAAGUGUUCUGAGGUCUGGCCCCUCCCACAAUAAAUUAUGGAAGAGGGCCUUCGAAGCUUUAGAUAGCGGGAAUGUAGGUCAGGGCGUCAAACGUCUGCGACUUCAAAGAACGAAGUGGCUUUCUAAUAAAAAUUAUAUCAUGAGGGCUUCAAGACAUUACGAAGGAGCAUGCCAGGUUCUUAUAAGGAGCACCGUCCGGACUGCUCUCAAGUUCAUCAAUCUUCCGAAAGCUCCUUCUCCACCCACCAAUCUACCUGCGAUUUCAAAAUGGCUGACCUGUCGCAGUCCAGCCCGUAUCGACCUGUGCGGUGGUUGGUCAGACACUCCACCAAUCACGUACGAGAUGGGAGGAGCCGUUCUCAACGCUGCAAUCUCUAUCGAUGGAACGAAACCAAUUGGAACGCAGAUUAGGAGAAUUGAAAGAGAUAUUGAUUUCAUGAAAGAUUACAAUCAACCGUUUGCUGAAGGCUCUCUCAUCAAAUGUUGCCUCAUUGUUUCCGGAUGCAUCGACUACUCGAAUAAUAAUAGUAAUAAUAAUAAUAAUAAUAAUAAUAAUAAUAAUAAUAAUAAUAAUAAUGACAAUGGUGGUGAUGAUGAUCCUCUGAGAAAACAACUAAAAGUGAAGUUAAAUUCUGGCAUUGAGAUGAAAGUAUGGUCAAAUUUGCCGCAGGGUUCGGGUCGGUUAAUGGUUCUCUGCGUGGAGCAGCUGUUAACAACUGGCGGGGGCUGGCAAGAUCAAGUCGGCGGCCUAUGCGGUGGCAUAAAACUGGGUCACUCGAAUCUAGGUCAGCCAAUCGAAGUCAAGGUCAAGAGGCUGGAGGUCAGCGAGGCCAUUUUGAGAUCGUUCAAUGAACGUCUGCUUCUGGUUUAUACCGGGCAAACAAGAUUGGCCAAAAAUCUUUUGCAGAACGUGAUACGUAGUUGGUACGCUAGGGACGAUGACGUCAUGAUGACCUUCAAUGACCUCAAGAAACUGGCCUAUGAAGGGAAAGAUGCUUUCAUGCGUGGCAACCUGGAACGGCUGGGUGAGACCAUGACGAAAUACUGGCAGCUGAAGAAAUCCCUGGCGCCCGGAAGCGAACCUCGAGUGGUGACGUCACUGAUCGAAGCCUUACGUCAUCGUUGCUAUGGUUACUCGCUGGCCGGGGCGGGAGGGGGCGGAUUCCUCUACCUACUGACCAGGCAAGCCAACGAUAGAGAGAACGUGCAAAAGAUAUUGGACGAAUUAAAGGUGUCAGGUGAAGCAGUAAUUUACAACGCGCAGGUCGACACGGAAGGUCUGCGAUUCGACGAACCCCUAACUUACUAA